AAAUCGAUGGCCGAGUCACGAUGAAGACGGGCUCAAAUCGGAACCCUCUCGCUCCUCGUUUUGAGCAGCUGUCUUUGAGAGGCAAUCUUCUGAAUUGACUGGCUCAGAAUUGAUCCGUGAGAGUCGUAACCAUCCGUUUUUGUACGAAUACAGUUGAUAAACUUUUUUAGACGCCUUUGGCAUUUAUGUUUAAAACGACACCACCUGCUAAGUAACAAACACUCUUCUUAAUCGCGGUGGCAAAAACGUAUCCGUCCCGUGUGUGUGUUUGUUUUUACCCUUCCGCUACACUCUUAAGAAACUUGGCCGCUUCCGCCCCAGAGAGUGCCCUAACCACGAGUCGGGUUGACAGGGCUGCUCGCAUGCGCGGUCUCCACCGUGGUGUUUGUCGCAAUGGGCGCUGCGCGGAGGACUACAUGGAAUCUCGACUUUGCAGCUUGAAGUCAUUUUGUUGGCGGCGCUGGUUACCGGCUACCUCCGCGCGGGCACUUGAUUGUAACAGAAAGUAGUUCCGGCCCAUGUUGUUUCGGCCGAGGAGCCGUCGCCGCCAUUUCAAGACCGUACUAGGUAGAUGGUCAACUAGAGUUCCCAGGGUUUGAAGCCUGUAACUGCUGCCGCCGCUCAAGCCCUCCAGAGCAUUGCUACGGCUGCUGCCCUUGUACUACUACCUCCAAAUACGUUCUAGCCGGUAGUGGCGGCAGCAGGACCAGUUACCUCUUUUUUGCUCUCCCUCGAGAAGCUCCAGAUGGCGUCUUCCGUGGGCAACGUGGCCGACAGCACAGAACCAACGAAACGUAUGCUUUCCUUCCAAGGGUUAGCUGAGUUGGCACAUCGAGAAUAUCAGGCAGGAGAUUUUGAGGCAGCUGAGAGACACUGCAUGCAGCUCUGGAGACAAGAGCCAGACAAUACUGGUGUGCUUUUAUUACUUUCAUCUAUACACUUCCAGUGUCGAAGGCUGGACAGAUCUGCUCACUUUAGCACUCUGGCAAUUAAACAGAACCCCCUUCUGGCAGAAGCUUAUUCGAAUUUGGGGAAUGUGUACAAGGAAAGAGGGCAGUUGCAGGAGGCAAUUGAGCAUUAUCGACAUGCAUUGCGUCUCAAACCUGAUUUCAUCGAUGGUUAUAUUAACCUGGCAGCCGCCUUGGUAGCAGCGGGUGACAUGGAAGGGGCAGUACAAGCUUACGUCUCUGCUCUUCAGUACAAUCCUGAUUUGUACUGUGUUCGCAGUGACCUGGGGAACCUGCUCAAAGCCCUGGGUCGCUUGGAAGAAGCCAAGGCAUGUUAUUUGAAAGCAAUUGAGACGCAACCGAACUUUGCAGUAGCUUGGAGUAAUCUUGGCUGUGUUUUCAAUGCACAAGGGGAAAUUUGGCUUGCAAUUCAUCACUUUGAAAAGGCUGUCACCCUUGACCCAAACUUUCUGGAUGCUUAUAUCAAUUUAGGAAAUGUCUUGAAAGAGGCACGCAUUUUUGACAGAGCUGUGGCAGCUUAUCUUCGUGCCCUAAGUUUGAGUCCAAAUCACGCAGUGGUGCACGGCAACCUGGCUUGUGUAUACUAUGAGCAAGGCCUGAUAGAUCUGGCAAUAGACACCUACAGGCGGGCUAUCGAACUACAACCACAUUUCCCUGAUGCUUACUGCAACCUAGCCAAUGCUCUCAAAGAGAAGGGCAGUGUUGCUGAAGCAGAAGAUUGUUAUAAUACAGCUCUCCGUCUGUGUCCCACCCAUGCAGACUCUCUGAAUAACCUAGCCAAUAUCAAACGAGAACAGGGAAACAUUGAAGAGGCAGUUCGCUUGUAUCGUAAAGCAUUAGAAGUCUUCCCAGAGUUUGCUGCUGCCCAUUCAAAUUUAGCAAGUGUACUGCAGCAGCAGGGAAAACUGCAGGAAGCUCUGAUGCAUUAUAAGGAGGCUAUUCGAAUCAGUCCUACCUUUGCUGAUGCCUACUCUAAUAUGGGAAACACUCUAAAGGAGAUGCAGGAUGUUCAGGGAGCCUUGCAGUGUUAUACGCGUGCCAUCCAAAUUAAUCCUGCAUUUGCAGAUGCGCAUAGCAAUCUGGCUUCCAUUCAUAAGGAUUCAGGGAAUAUUCCAGAAGCUAUAGCUUCUUACCGCACGGCUCUGAAACUUAAGCCUGAUUUUCCUGAUGCUUAUUGUAACUUGGCUCAUUGCCUGCAGAUUGUCUGUGAUUGGACAGACUAUGAUGAGCGAAUGAAGAAGUUGGUCAGUAUUGUGGCUGACCAGUUAGAGAAGAAUAGGUUGCCUUCUGUGCAUCCUCAUCAUAGUAUGCUAUAUCCUCUUUCUCAUGGCUUCAGGAAGGCUAUUGCUGAGAGGCACGGCAACCUGUGCUUAGAUAAGAUUAAUGUUCUUCAUAAACCACCAUAUGAACAUCCAAAAGACUUGAAGCUCAGUGAUGGUCGGCUGCGUGUAGGAUAUGUGAGUUCUGACUUUGGGAAUCAUCCUACUUCUCACCUUAUGCAGUCUAUUCCAGGCAUGCACAAUCCUGAUAAGUUUGAGGUGUUCUGUUAUGCCCUGAGCCCAGACGAUGGCACAAACUUCCGAGUGAAGGUGAUGGCAGAAGCCAAUCAUUUCAUUGAUCUUUCUCAGAUUCCAUGCAAUGGAAAAGCAGCUGAUCGCAUCCAUCAGGAUGGAAUUCAUAUCCUUGUAAAUAUGAAUGGCUAUACUAAGGGUGCUCGAAAUGAGCUUUUUGCUCUCAGGCCAGCUCCUAUUCAGGCAAUGUGGCUGGGAUACCCUGGGACGAGUGGUGCGCUUUUCAUGGAUUAUAUUAUCACUGAUCAGGAAACUUCGCCAGCUGAAGUUGCUGAGCAGUAUUCUGAGAAAUUGGCUUAUAUGCCCCACACUUUUUUUAUUGGUGAUCAUGCUAAUAUGUUCCCUCACCUGAAGAAAAAAGCAGUCAUCGAUUUUAAGUCCAAUGGGCACAUUUAUGACAAUCGGAUAGUUCUGAAUGGCAUCGACCUCAAAGCAUUUCUUGAUAGUCUACCAGAUGUGAAAAUUGUCAAGAUGAAGUGUCCUGAUGGAGGAGACAAUGCAGAUAGCAGUAACACGGCUCUUAAUAUGCCUGUUAUUCCUAUGAAUACUAUUGCAGAAGCAGUUAUUGAAAUGAUUAACAGAGGACAGAUUCAAAUAACAAUUAAUGGAUUCAGUAUUAGCAAUGGACUGGCAACUACUCAGAUCAACAAUAAGGCUGCAACUGGAGAGGAGGUUCCCCGUACCAUUAUUGUAACCACCCGUUCUCAGUACGGGUUACCAGAAGAUGCCAUCGUAUACUGUAACUUUAAUCAGUUGUAUAAAAUUGACCCUUCUACUUUGCAGAUGUGGGCAAACAUUCUGAAGCGUGUUCCCAAUAGUGUACUCUGGCUGUUGCGUUUUCCAGCAGUAGGAGAACCUAAUAUUCAACAGUAUGCACAAAACAUGGGCCUGCCCCAGAACCGUAUCAUUUUUUCACCUGUUGCUCCUAAAGAGGAACACGUCAGGAGAGGCCAGCUGGCUGAUGUCUGCUUGGACACUCCACUCUGUAAUGGGCACACCACAGGGAUGGAUGUCCUCUGGGCAGGGACCCCCAUGGUGACUAUGCCGGGAGAGACUCUUGCUUCUCGAGUUGCAGCAUCCCAGCUCACUUGCUUAGGUUGUCUUGAGCUUAUUGCUAAAAACAGACAAGAAUAUGAAGACAUAGCUGUGAAGCUGGGAACUGAUCUAGAAUACCUGAAGAAAGUUCGUGGCAAAGUCUGGAAGCAAAGAAUAUCUAGCCCUCUGUUCAACACCAAACAAUACACAAUGGAACUAGAGCGGCUCUAUCUACAGAUGUGGGAGCAUUAUGCAGCUGGCAACAAACCUGACCACAUGAUUAAGCCUGUUGAAGUCACUGAGUCAGCAUAAAUAAAGACUGCACAGGAGAAUUACCCGUAUACCUGAGCCUCAACCUUCUGGGGGAAAGGGAACUAGAUAACAUACUUCUUACUUGUCUGUACAGUACCUUGUUGCAGAUGGGUGAUAUAUAAUGGUAAUAGAAUAGCACAGCCAGACUUGCUUCCUGCAUGGUAGGGAGAGACACAAAAGAUGGGAAACUGCAUUUCCACAAGGAAUCUCCGUAGAAUUUUGCGGCGACCAGAUGGUGCAUAGGUCUGGAAGGUCUGAUCUCCCUUGGUCUUCCAUGGGAUGGUUAGUGUGGAUGGGAGAUAUAGAUUGUCCGGCCGCUUUGUGAUUCCAUGGAUUGAUUCAGUCUUCUGGAUUAACUUUUUUCUUUAUAUUUUGGGUACUGGAGCUUUUAAAAAUGUUUGGUUUCAGGUAUUUUUAUUCAUGUGAAGUGUAUAUGAUUCUCUUGAGAUAAGGUUUUAGCUAAAAUGUUACUCCCUGUUUUAGUUUCUGAACUCUGACAGAUCGACAGGGACUUUGCUGGUGUAGUCUUUUUAUAGGUUUUAUAAACCACUUGAGCCUAUAUCAGUCGUUUUAGUGUCUGACCUAAUAUUUGGAGCUGUCAGUGCUUUGUUGAUUUAGAUGAUGACUCAAGAUUUUUUCUGGUCCAUUUCCCAUUUCCUUUUCUUCCCUGACCCCCAUACCCCCACCCUUAAAAUUCUCCUGUAACUCAACUAACAAAAUCAAGCCUGAUUCAAAACAUCCUAGGGUGUUUCUCUUAAACACACCAUCUGGUGCCAAAUGAAGAUUUUUAGGAGUGAUUACUAAUUAUCAAGGGCACAGUUGUGGUACUGUCAUUGAUAAUAAUAUAGUUUUUUUUUUUUUCCCCUAAUUUUGACCUGUUUCACCAGUGUUUUACCCUUGACUGCCCCUUCUAUGCUGCUUCCAAAAGUGAUAGUGUGUGUAAGAUUUUUACCUUCCUUUCUAAAGUUUUUUUUUUUUUUUUUUUUAAGUGAGUCCUGUUCUUCCUAUUUCUUUCAGCAGAAAUGAAAUCCCAGGUAAGUAUAAGUAUUCAAGUAUUUGAUCAGUAAGUCACAGUUAUCUCCAGUGCAUUAAAUAACCUUCAUCAAGAAAUAGGUUAUAGGUAAAAUCUCUGAAGGAUCAUCUAUGUAUUCAAGUAAUUAUUUUUUAGAUAAUAACUGUCUUCUGGACUUGGUCUUGAAGUCUGUACAGAUUCAGCCUCAGUAGUAGCGAACUGCACAGCUGUUUGGUUUGGAGUACAAAUUAGACUUAUAGUCCUCCUGGAACUUGAGUUAUUAAAAUCAUAGGAAUAAAAUUAUGGGAUCUCAACAAAGGGUCGAGGGUUUGAGGCUUAAACAAGCCAACAUAUGAAUAUAUGUUUUGUCUCGCUAUACUGCACUUACGCUAUCCAGUUGCAGGUAAUUUUUUGUCUGCUAGUAGUGUUCUAGAUUAUGUCUUUCCAAAGCGCAGAGGCUGUGCACCUAUUCUGUAGUUGCAGCUGAUGCCUGAAUGUAUCCUAGCUGACAAAUUAUUGAUUAAUAAGAACUUGAAUUUCUGGAAGAUUCUUACUGUUAACCAAAUUUUGAGCAAGGAGUCUCAAAGGUAAUUCUGAACCAGAAUUACAUGUUAAUGAACAGUGUACCUUUUAACAGUGUAAAUCACGGAAUAUCCGUGAAGGGAUUUCUUAAUUUAUUUUUUACUGGUUGAUUGAAAUAUCAGUUAAAGGUUGCCAGCAUGGUUGCAGAUAAACUGAUGUUUGAAAUUCGCUGAAAUACUUAAUGUGGAAUGGGAUAAUAUACUUCCAAUGCCCUCAAGGCUGUGACCUUACAGCCAUUUUACAUAGCACAUCAUUCCUCCUAUAGGGAUGAACUUUUUCCUGGCACGAAAAGUAGCCGCUCUGGUUGAAGCUUUGCUUAUUGUAACAGGCUUUUAUUUCCAGGUAAUAUGUCUUGGAAGACGUAAUUCUGAUUAGAGAUAUAGAUAUUACUGGAAACUAAUUGUUUUUUUUUCUAUUGUACUCUGCUUUAUCAAAGAAGUAAAACAUUUAAAUCGUGCUACAGAAAUUAAGAUGUUGUCUUGCGAUCCUUAAACAAUAAAUGAAUGAUUUCCCUUUAA